GCAAGAGAAUAAAAUUUUACCUUAAACCAGUUCUUUUUUUUCUUAAAAAAAUGUUUAGGGUUACUCUCAUUUUCCUGCUCAUAUGGAAAUACUGCCCCCCAAUGAGGCCAAACUUAGAUUCAUAAAAUGUUUAGGGGUCUGCGUCCCCCCAGAAAAAAGCACUUGUCUUAAACAGAGAACAUACCUGCUGCGGUUGCUGCCAGGCCUGCCAGUGGUGGUUGGUGCUGGCUGUGAAAGCUCAGGCUUGCAGAACUGCGUCUGUGCUAAGAGAAAACCAAGAUGGUCUCUGCCUCUUCAGCAGCCCCAGCUUUUGUAGCUGGAGUCAGUCAGGGCCCUUCCUCCCAGGCCAGGAGGGAAAAGGCCUGCAAGGCAGGGGUCAAGUCUUCCAGGACUCACAGCCAAGAUGCUCUGCAGGAGGAGGCCUUCAGAAACCUUCAGUGACCUUGCUGGAUGGCAGCACCUUUCUAAACCGUGUGCCCUCCAAGGUUUCGGGCUCAAAUUUCCGUCCAGAGAUUUUGGACCAAAACUCCCCUCAUUUUCAGCCAAUUUGCCUAAAGCAUCUGGAAAGGCAGCUUUAGAGGGCAAUUUUAAAAUAGGGAAAGUAUGGGGACAAGGGGAAGGAGAAAAUAAAUUUUGCCUUUGGAGGAAGACUUGGAUAAUUUAGCACCCACAGCCACAACUUCUUUUGGGGUGGGCACAAUGCCGUGAAUAUGGCAGCAGGAGAGUUAAACCAGAAGGGCAGCAGUCAAAGGCCUGGCUCUUGGCGUCGACUCAAGGCUACAAGAGGCUUGUUGUGGCUGCAGGGAAGUGAGUCAAGGAGGUGAAAGCACCGCCACCCGGAUGAGCAGAGAGCCAAGACCACAAGCCCCGUUGCUCCCAGGCCAAGUAACCUACUUUCAUCAACCAGCCAAAGGGAGGGACCAGAACGCAAACAGCCAGCCUGGGCUGACAUUCUGGAGCAGAUGCGCCUGGCUUGGAAUCUACCAGUAAAUAUGCUCUGCUGCUGCGGCAGCUGCUGUUGCACUUCCAGGCUCAGCUCUCCAGCUGAGAGAUCCGCUCUUGCUGCCCGGCCAUCCGUUGUUGUGUGUGCUUCACGAGUCUUGGGCAAAAUUCCUAGAAGAAGCCAGUCAGCUCCCGGGCCAGAGUUUGCCAUUGCAACUCCCUUCCUCCAAGUAGAGGUCUGCAGUUUUAUGAUGGGUUAGGUCUUCCCUAGUUGCCUUCUCUCCUACCUCUGUUUUCUUUUAGGCUUCUUGAUUGCACUUGGAAGAGAAGGCCUUGAAAAGACUUCAGAAUGAGGCUGGGACAAGGACUCUCCCCAUUUCUCCUGCUGCUGGGAGGAUUUGCCACAAUUCAGUGCCAGGAAUUUUCUUGGUAUGCUGCACUAGGAGCUCGGUCAAAGGUUGUAUGCAAAGACCCAGUAACACAAGAGAUCUACCAGUUCAGGGACAGCUGGCUACGCCAAAGAGAAAAAGAACUUGAAUAUUGUCGGUGUGCGAUCAACAGCAUCAUUUGUCAUAUCGUGCCAGGCACAGCCUGCAGCAGGAGGCAACAGUGCUUCAAUGAGGGCCGCUGCAAGCAAGCAUUAUACUCUUCUAACUUCUUCAUCUGCUUAUGCCGCCCAGGCUACUCCGGGAAGCGCUGUGAGAUUGAUACCAAAGCCAAGUGUUACGAGGGCGCUGGAGAGGGCUACAUGGGGACAUGGAACACAACUGUGAGUGGAGCCAAGUGCUUGAACUGGAAGCUCAAUUCCUUGAGGAAUAAGCGGUACAAUGCGUACCGGGCAGAUGCCGCUAGGUUGGGCCUUGGAAACCACAACUAUUGCAGAAACCCCGAUUCCGACACCAUGCCCUGGUGCUUUGUCUACAAAGGAAACAAGUACAGCUUUGAGUUCUGCAGCCUCCCUCCCUGCGCCAACAAAAGCCACACUUGCAUUUCUGGAAGAGGCAACAACUAUCGAGGUCCCCACAACCGCACGGAAUCAGGUGCUGCUUGCUUGAGGUGGGAUUCCCAGUUCCUUACUGGGCUGGUCUUCAAUUCCCGUAGGGAGGAUGCAGAGCAGCUCGGUCUCACUAGCCACAACUUCUGCAGGAAUCCUGAUAAUAGCACCCAGCCUUGGUGCCACGUGCUCAGGGGUGGCAAGAGGAAAUGGGAAUACUGCAAUGUGCCGGCUUGCUCCACGUGUGGAACGAGAAAGUACCGUCAGUCUCAGUUUCGGAUCAAAGGAGGCCUCUACUCGUACAUCCAGUCCCACCCGUGGCAGGCAGCCAUCUUUGUCAGGAUACAAGGAGUGGAGGCCUACCUCUGUGGUGGGGUCCUGAUCCAUUCCUGUUGGGUCCUCUCAGCUGCCCACUGCUUUGUGGAAAGGUUUGACACCAGUCGUCUCAAGGUUGUGUUGGGCAGGACUUCCCGCAGAAACCCGGAAUGGUCUGAACAGACAUUCUCAGUGGAGAAAUAUGUUGUACAUAAAAGCUUUGUGCAAAGCACCUUUGACAACGAUAUUGCACUUCUGAAGCUGAAGUCCUUGUACAAUGAGUGUGCAAUGGAAACAGAUUCCGUUCGUCCUGUCUGCCUCCCAGAGCCUGGGCUGAAGCUGCCUGACUGGACAGAAUGUGAGAUCUCAGGCUACGGCAAGCAUGAAGAAUUUUCUGCUUUCUUCUCGGAGCGUCUGAAGGAAGGACAUGUGAGGCUCUAUCCAGACAGCCAAUGCACACCCAAGCUCCUUUCAAACAGGACGGUCACUGAGAACAUGCUGUGUGCAGGAGACACCAGAGAGAUUGACGAUGCCUGCAAGGGCGAUUCUGGUGGGCCUUUGGUUUGUCUGAACAAUGGCCAAAUGAACCUGCUGGGGAUCAUCAGCUGGGGCGUGGGUUGUGGGAAGAAAGGCAUUCCGGGUGUCUACACAAAGGUGGUUCACUAUCUGAGCUGGAUUCAGGAGAACAUGAAGCCUUAAUGGCACCUGCAAGCCGGUCAUUCCUCCCAUUGGAAUCUCCUUGCAUCAGGGAGAGACAGUGGAUGGCAGAACACGAAACUUGUUUCCAUAUGUAUGGAGUGGGAACUGGCAGAAAGCAGGCAUGUAUGUGCAUGUCUGAAUGCACCUGCGUGUCCAGCAUGCAUAUGACCCCGACAUGCACUUUAUGAGAGGAAUGAAACCUUCAGCAUAGAGACACACUUGCCUUGUUUAAAGGAGUGUAUAUCUUUCCCACUUCCACACAGUAAAGAACUUUUCAAACCAGGAAGCGCUCUAAAGAGCAGUUUAUGAACAGGAGAAGGCAGAGAGUAUAUUACUCUAGCAGCAGGCUACACAAUAACGAUAUGUGCAGCCAGUAAUAAGAAAUUCUCUCACACACGCUUAGCCUGCUGAAUGAAGAAAGCUCCAGUUUCCUAAAGGUAUGCAAAGAGAACGUGGGCAUUGCAAAGAAGGGCCCUGAUCUGCUCCACCGUUUCUUCAAGCCGGCUUGCCACUUCUCUCCUGCAAGGCCCCUGACCUGAAAGACCCCAGGCUUCCCCAGCUGGGGACCAAAUCGCACUUCUAGUCAGGAACACAUUCAGAUCCUUUUAAUCCAAAAGUUUGUUUGCAGGUAUUUAACCUUUCUGUGUAUGUUUUAUAUAAAACACUCUUUAAUACAAUGUUAACCAUCUGUCCAAAGGCAGAGUUGUCUUCUGCUGCUACUUGAAAAUACUCCUGUGCUGAAAAUUGUCCUUCUGCGUGUGGUUCCUAGGGCAUUAAACUACCUUGUCUUUGAA